AUGGAAGCCGAACACUCCACUCACCCUAACCGUCCCCAGCUAAUCUCCUCCUCCUCUCUCCUUUCCAUUUCCAGCGGCCGCUGGUUCCACCCGAACAUCUUCCGCGUCGAUGCGGAGAGGCUGCUGAUGGAGCGCAUGGACGGCAGCUUCCUCGCCCGGCCCAGCAAGUCCCACCCGGGCGACUUCACCCUCUCCGUCCGGCGGAACGGCCAGGUGACGCACAUCAAGAUUCAGAACACCGGCGACUUCUACGACCUCUACGGCGGCGAGAAGUUCGCCACGCUGGCGGAGCUGGUGCAGUACUACACGGAGAACAUGGGCCAGCUAAGGGAGCGGCACGGCGAGUUCAUUGAGCUGAAGUACCCCGUCAUCUCGCAGGACCCCACCUCGGAGCGGUGGUUCCACGGGCCGCUGUCGGCGAAGGACGCCGACAAGCUGCUGGGCGACAAGGGCAAGAACGGCAGCUUCCUGGUGCGGCAGUCGCAGUCGAAGCCCGGGGACUACGUGCUCUCGGUGCGGACGGAGGCCGACAAGACGACCCACGUGAUGAUCCGCCGCUGCGAGGACGGGCGGUACGACGUGGGCGGCGGCGAGCGCUUCGACAAUCUGACCGACCUGGUGGAGCACUACAAGCGCAAUCCGAUGGUGGAGACCACGGGGACGGUGGUCCACCUGAGGGCGCCCUUCAACGCGACGAAGAUUGCCGCCUCCACGAUAGGGAAUAGGGUGAAGAUACUCAGUGAGGAGAACUACGGCAAGGCGGGCUUUUGGGAGGAGUUUGAGUUCCUGCAGCAGCAGGAGUGCAAGCACAUCUACUCGCGAAAGGCCGGGCAGAAGCCGGAGAAUCGGACCAAGAAUCGCUACAAGAACAUUCUUCCCUUCGACUUUACCCGCGUCAAGCUGAAGGCCAUCGAUCCGAGCGUGCCCGGCGCCGACUACAUCAACGCCAACUAUAUCAAAGGAAUCGAAGACGAGACCACUGGGGAGCUGGUGAAGAAGACGUACAUCGCCACGCAGGGCCCGCUGGCCAACACCAAGAACGACUUCUGGGCGAUGGUCUGGCAGGAGGGCACGGUGGUGAUCGUCAUGACGACGAAGGAGUUUGAACGGGGCAAGAACAAGUGCGUCCGCUACUGGCCCAACGCUGGGCAGGCGGCCGAGUACGGCCGAGUCACCGUGAGGACGGUCAAUGAGAAGCCCACCGUGGACUACAUGCUGCGGGAGUUUGAGGUGAGCUACACCAGCAGUCCGGCGGUGCUGGCCGAAGACGGCUCGACGGUUUCGAAGAUGGAAACCACGGAGACGAGGACCAUCUACCACUACCACUUCACCGCCUGGCCGGACCACGGCGUGCCCGCCGACCCGGGCUGUGUGCUGAACUUCCUCCACGAGGUGAACCGGAAGCAGGGCAGCCUGGACGAGGCGCGGGUGGGGCCGAUUGUGGUGCACUGCAGCGCCGGCAUCGGCCGCACCGGGACCUUCAUCGUCAUUGACCUGCUGAUUGACACCAUCAAGCGGAUUGGGCUCGAUUGUGAGAUUGACAUUCAGCGGACGAUUCAGGCGGUGCGCAUGAAGCGGAGUGGGAUGGUGCAGACGGAGGCGCAGUACAAGUUUGUCUACCUGGCGGUGCAGCACUUUAUUGAGACGCUGCAGCAGCGCAUCGUCGCCGAGCAUAAAAGUGCCCAGGCGGGUCGCGAAUACACGAACAUCAAGUACACCAACGAG